AUUGCAAGUCAGGUCAAUUAUCAAAGGCUACACAAUUAUUAAGCCUUAUGAUUGUCUUGGGAGUUCCUUCCUCUGUCACUGUUUGGAGCAUUUUGAUUGAUGGAUAUUCUAAAUCCGGCAAUCUUGAUUUUGCCGGUCAAUUGAUUGCUAAGAUGGUCUCUAGUGGACAUAAGCGUACUGUGGUAACAUGCACAGCUUUAGUAAAGGGAUAUUUGGAAUCUCAUAGGCCUAGCCAUGCAUUCAAGAUCCUAGACACCAUGAAACAUAAAGGAUGCUACCCUGAUCUGGUCAUGUGCAACAUGCUAAUAGAUUGUCUCUCAAAAAUGGGGAGCUAUGAUGAUGCAAUUAUCAUUUUCUGUAGUUUAGGUGAACGUGGACUGACCCCUGAUUCUUAUACACUUGCCUCAAUCAUGUCAACUUUGUGUUUAUGCAAGGAGUUCACCCUCUUGCCUGUACUAAUCAGUGGAUUAGAGAUAAUACUCGAUUUAGUUGUGUGUAACUCAUUUAUGAGUUUCUAUUGCAAAGCUGGUUAUCCUCGUGGCGCUGUUGAGUUUUGUAAUGACAUGAUGCAUAGACGUUUCCUACCCGAUAACUAUACAUCUGCUGGAUUAUUGAGUGGGUUAUGCAGGGUAGGCAAGAUUACUCAGGCAGUUGAUGUAGCUGGUGAAUUUCGUCAAGCUAUUAGAUUAUUUCGGAAUGCCUUGGCCGAGAAGUCCCAACUGGAUGUUGUUUCAUAUACUAUUGCCAUUGACGGACUAGUCAAAGCCAGUCAUGUUAGAGAUGCGUAUGUUUUAUUUAAUGAGAUGAAGGACAUCGGUUUGGCUCCAAAUAUAUACACUUACAGUUUGAUGUUGUUUGGAUUGUGCAAGGAUGGAGAUCUUGGAAUAGUAAAAAAGCUGCUUGCCGAGAUGAUUGAUGGAGGCAUUAAGUUCAACCAUAUUAAUUUUAGGUUGAUGAAGAACAUUUUGAGAAAAAGGCGGGGUCUAUGCUCUGACAGCAAUUAUGCAACAAUCAAUGAUGACAAGCACAUCGUCUCUGGAAGAGGACUGGCGGUAAAGUUUGAGCAACAAACGGACAAAGGAUCAGCUCCGCCGGCGCCGCAGAAGCAUCAGUUUGACGACUAUGCGGAGGAUAAAUCCUACGGCGAGGUUAACAGGAUCAUCAAUAGCCGGGCAGCCGAAGGCGGAAGAGGGAUGGAAUACCUGAUCGAGUGGAGAGACGAACACCCCCCGACCUGUAUCCCUUCCGAUCUCAUCGCCAAGGACGUCGUCGCGGAGUACGAGAUCCCCUGGUGGACGGGCGUCAAAAAGGCCGGCGAAUCCUCCUUGCGGGAGCUCUUAAACGCCGGCGACGGCGGGAGGGACGCGGACGCCGUGGACGAGGACGGGCGCACGGCUCUACUCUUCGUCUCCGGGUUUGGAUCCGAGGAUUGCUUGGUUCUGCUAGGUGAUUCUGGUGUCGGAAAAAGUUGCAUUGUUCUACGUUUUGUUCGUGGUCAAUUUGAUCCAACAUCAAAGGUUACUGUUGGGGCUUCCUUUCUAUCUCAGACAAUAACGUGUGUCAGUGUUUUUGAUUGGCGUGCUGUCUUGCUUGAUUGCAGGCAUGGAUGACAAAACAUAGCGCUUAAAUUAUUCAUCCGCCUAAAAAAAUCUAAGAAAUCAAAUGGUCUAAUUAUUCCAGCCGGCGCACACAUCGUGCUUCACCCAUCCGACGAAAUCAAGAUUAGGUAUACAUCAAGCAAUCUGAUCCCACGCUCGCACCCAUCGUGCAUCACCGAUCUAAGGUACGCACAUGUCAUCGAUCGAAUUAUUCCAGCCGGCUCACGCUCCUCUAAGAAAUCUAGUAAUCGACUCUCAGUCCUUCAGCGUGCGUCGUUAUUCACAAUCCAUUGGGUAGAUUCAUUCUUUGGUCAACAGUUUCUUCUCAAUUGUUUGGCGAGAAUCAUCGAUCCUCUUCACAAUCGUUCAGCCCCCUUCAUUCAUUCAGGUAUGACACCGGCCCUUUCAUUCUUUUAGUUCACAUCUUAUACAUCCCUUCAUUCUUAAAGUUGUUGUUCCUAAAUUUAUGCAUUGGGGCAUGAUUCUAUAUCCAAAAAGCAGUUUUGAAUGGUUUGACGGUAUGAAUUUUAUUUUCUGAGUCUUUUGUGUGAAGUAAUGUGUUAAAUAGGUUGAAUUGAAGAAAUAUAAUGGUGAUUU